CGGGCGACGCGGUUUGGAUGCUGGAUGCUGCGGACAACUGCGACGAUCGAGGAAUGCUAUCGGCGGUACGAUGGCCAGAACAAAGGGUACCUGACUAAGAGCGAACUCAAGUGGGCGGUGACGGCGCUUUUGGGUAGCGCCCCGACCAGACUUGUUCUGCUGUCUCUGUUUGAGAUCUCUUCCGAAUCGUACGACUCUGUGCAAGUCGAUAAAGACACGUUUGUUCGAGUCAUGGGCCGUCGCUUGGCCAACGUCGACGUCGCCGAGGCGAUUCGACGAUGGUUCAAGGCGUUCGACUUGGACUCGUCCGGGUUUAUCUCGUUCUCCAACUUCACACAGGUGACACCAUGGUUGCAUCCAUCGGGAAUGCACUCAAGGGCAUGGCUUCAUGCCACAGGCGUGCCACGCAAUAGCGCCGCACAUACCACUUACCGUGGUAGACACUCUCUUUCGGGAAGCCGACACGAACCACGACAACAAAGUACGUGUCCAUGCGCAUGAGACAAGCUCUCAAUCGAAGAGGGCAUGCCUGAAGCGUGAGUUUUGCCGAGUUCGAGCAGUUGAUGCUGCUAUCCAUUCAACAUGAAGCAACAUCUACGCCGCAACAAGGGCGCGUCCCCACCGCGGCGACGUAUCCCCGCCGCUAGUAUGCGCAUCACGCUUGUGGAGCCGACGCGGCGCUGGUGCUUGAGGCGCCCGUGUCCUGGUUGUUCACGUGGUACGCCCGCAUGACGGUGGCAAAGUCCGACUACUCGAGGCAGCCACACAACGAUUAGAACUCGAGCACUCGCAGCAAGGGAAUUCGUCUGGCAGCCAUGCACUCGCGUGCCGGUCCAAGCGUGCAUGUGUCGCUAACGUUGUACAACGUUCGUACCGGUUUGAUUUCAUGUUCG